GUUAGUUUAUCGUAGUAUAAUUUAUAUAUUCAUGUGGAAUCAUGCCUUGUAGCGAGUAUUAUUCGCAAUAAAGGUAUGAAUUUAUACUUUAAUCUCUAUUUGCUUAUUUUCCCGAAUAUUAUUGUUCUUUAUCAUUUGACAGCGUCAAAAUAUUCUAUUUAUUGUGUUAUUUUACAUGAUAGAGCAAAUCAUCCAUUUAGUAACUCCAUAAGUUAUUCAUUUGUAAACUCUCUUCCUGUAUAUUGCUCGAAUUACACUCGUAUCAUUCAUGACUCUGCUAAAUGUGAUGACCAAUUUUUAGAAUUAGAUUUAUCAAUAGAUAACAAAGGUUUGUUGGUAUUAUGACGCCAGUGAUAUAAAUGUGUAUAGAGUCUUUGGAAAAUGUCUUGAAUAUUGAGAGCAAAUUUCACAAGAUAGGUAAUGGUAUUGCUCAUGAUCCAUCUAAUUCUACAAAGGAGAGACUUAAAUGGGCAAACUUUGAAGUGAGAAGGUUCACCUACAAGUUAGGAACGGUGAAUAAGCAAUUAAGAAAGGCCAAGGCUAAAUGGAAUAUGAUGUACAAUAGCUUUUCUGUGGAUAAGACUGUAUUAUUAGAAGUAUCAAAAAAUAAAAGAGAUUUAUGUAAAAAGUUGGAAAUAUUUCGUAGAUUAAGGAGGAAUCUUCUCAGGUAUAUUAAGGGUUUGAAAUGUGAAUCGGAUCCCAAAAUUCCCUUCAUUCCACCGAAGUAUCGUAGCGCCAAAGUUCCCGCUUAUCUUUAUUCUGAGGGGGUGGUUGGAAUCCCAAAGAAGGCAUAUAGAAAAAAACCAAAGGAUACUUCAACCGUAAAGUCUAUAGAAAAGGCAAAUACCAUAGAUAAAAAUGAUCCAAAGAGCAUUGAAAAGGAGGUAAUGAGAAUCAUAGCCGAUGCAAAAGGUCAAGCAGUCUACAAAAACAAGUUGGUAGAUAAAUCUAUUGUAAAAUAUAGAGGCUUAUGA